GUUCUCAUUCUCAACCCUCUCCCUUCAACUUUUUGUUUGGCUCCCAAGAAAAAAACAAAGAGAGAACCCUUCUCCCUUUUCAGGAAAAUCAUCAUUGAGAAUGGCAGAGACAAAGUCGAGAUUCAGGAGGAUUUGUGUUUUCUGUGGGAGCAGUUCAGGGAAGAAGGCUAGCUACCAAGAGGCUGCGGUUGAGUUGGGGAAGGAACUGGUGGAGAGGAGGAUUGAUUUGGUUUAUGGAGGUGGAAGCGUGGGAUUGAUGGGUCUUGUUUCUCAGGCAGUUCAUGAUGGUGGGCGCCAUGUUCUAGGUGUUAUUCCAAGGACCCUAAUGCCCCGAGAGAUUACUGGUGAGACAGUUGGAGAAGUAAGAGCUGUAUCAGAUAUGCAUCAAAGGAAAGCUGAAAUGGCACGUCAAGCUGAUGGUUUCAUUGCACUCCCUGGUGGCUAUGGCACCCUCGAGGAACUUCUGGAAGUUAUUACGUGGGCGCAGCUUGGAAUCCACCGCAAACCCGUGGGUCUGUUGAAUGUGGAUGGAUACUACAACUCUUUGUUAUCUUUCAUUGAUAAGGCCGUUGAUGAAGGCUUUAUUUCCCCCACCGCACGUCGCAUUAUCGUGUCUGCUCCAACGGCUAAACAAUUGGUCAGACAACUUGAAGAAUAUGUUCCGGAGUAUGAUGAGAUAACAUCCAAAUUGGUGUGGGAUGGGGUGGACGGACUGAGUUAUGUGACCGAAUCGGGUGUUGCCAUGUGACAUGGUACAUCUCAGUUGCUAUUCUAUUAUCUUCUUUUGGGGUAUAUAGGGGUACAUACGGUCCAUGGAUACCGUAAGCAAGGGAACCUCCUUUUUUUUUUUUUUGGUUAAUUUGGGACUUUGGGCGGGCAGAAGAUGCCUAGUGUGGAGAAAAGAAAAUGUGUAGUCUAAA